AUGGAGCUACUCAUAUACAAAAAAGAUGUCUUUCUGGAUCCAACCUAUCCGGAUGUGAAUGCGUUCAUGGUUGAUUAUGAUUACGACUUGGUCGGCACACCGCUGGGCUGGUGGCGAAAAAUUACGGACACUGACUUGUACACAGUGCGCAGAUUUUUCGAGGAUAAUGCUUGGCUGAUUUCAUUCUGGUUCUUCGGAUUAAUGCUUCUGUCGGUGAUUCUUGUGGCCAUUGCAGGGGGAAUCGCAAAAAUUCCCUCUUACUUUACCAAUCGUUGGUUCACGAUGAAGGAACUGAAAAGAGAGAACAUAAUCGCCGAUGAGAGAAGAAAAUUCAUGCAACGAGAUGAUCCUGAUCGAUUUGCUGCUGUAUACUGUCGUUCGGCUACAAACGAGCUCGGAGUCGGGAGUGUACACAAUCCAGUUCCACAAGACUUGCCGGACUUUGAAGCUGUGCGGUUUGUAUUUACAGACCCACGGCUGAUGGAAAAGACUCAUCAAGCAUUGAAAAAGCAGAAAAUCGAUCCAACUCUGGAUCAGUUAGUGGAUGGAGAACUCGAGGACGCUUUGCUGCUUGCAUUGUCGCAAAAGCGUCUCGAGAAAAGAAAACCACUCUCACUCCCUGCCAGAAUUGUGGCUAAACAAAUGCUCGCAAGAGGUGAGAUGAAGAUACCAACAGGUCCAAUAAUAACACCCGAAAUGAAGUUGAUUCAAGGAUGGGAACAACUGUACAGAAGACAGCUGAAGGAAGCCACAGAAGAGAAUUAUCGGUGGUGGCUGGCGCAAGACCGCACACUACCGGUAGAAUCGCGUGAAAUAACCGAGAAGUUGCAACCUUUGGUGAGAGCCAACCGUGGCCGAGAGAAAGCUCACAGCAAGGAUGACGAAAGUGCUCGUGGCAAGUCAAGGAAGAUGAUAUCCCCUUCUAAAAAAAGGAAGUCUCAAUCUGAACCGAGGAAACAAUCUACUGAACAGGGACCACCAGCAUUACACACCUCGGCUCACAGUAUGGAUCGCCAGAGAGAUCCUGAUGACUCAUCUAUAUUGCGUGAAAUCGAGAGGAUUGAAGAGCAUCAUUCGGAAAAAGAGACACGAGCACACCAUAGAAGGAGUUCUGUUUCGUCAAAUAAAAAGAGAGACAAAAGUACACGGGGUCACGACUGA